UAAGUGUCAUGUUGUAGCAAGCUGUUGUAAGCUAGCUAGCUUAAAAACAACGUUCGUCCAAUGUGUAAUGUUGGUUUAAGCAGUGACUUGUAUGAUUUUGUUGAUAAUCUGUUUACAGUAAAAUCGGACGCUUUGUGUAUGGUAUUUUUUGAUAUCUGUGCUAAACCACAGGCUUUGUGAAAGCCUGAGCAACAUAUGUUUGGCGAUGGAUGCUCUCCAAAUGCUUAUUGAUGAAGUUGCUUUGGAAGGUUUGGAUGGGAUAACAAUCUCUUCUCUCUGGAUCCGUCUUGAGGACAGACAUCCCAAGUUUCCUUUAAAGCUAGACCCUUCUACAAAGGAGUUUCUUUGGAAAUCAUUGGUGUGUGAUCCAGACAUCGAAUUAUACGAAUUGCCGAGGGAAAGGGCACAACUCAUAUUAUUUGACCGGUUUUCAGAGAUCGACCCAGAAACUGGAAUACAGGAGAUUCGGCGGGCAUCGCCGUCUCAAGACAUACAAGAAGACCCGUACCCUGUCAAAGUUAUUCAGGAAAACGAAGACGGGAUACAAGGAUCUUGUCAGUAUUUUGAAGAACGUAAACAUAUUACCAGUCAAGUCAGGACUAUUGACUUUAAACCAUGCCAAUCUCUUGAAGAUGCCAUUGAUAAAUGGGGAGUGAAACUUGUUCUAGUAGCAUCUCAAAGGGUCCGUUUCAGGGCUUUGAUUGGUUCUGAAGGGGAUCCUGACCUUAAAUUGUCAGACCAUUCAUACUGCAUCUUGGAGCGACUGGGCAGAGCAAGAUGGCAGGGAGAGCUCCAAAGAGAUCUUCACAGCAGAGUCUUCAAAACAGACCCUGGGAAAAUGCACUAUCUUAGGAGGUCGCUGGACAGGAACGAUCUGAUUACCCUCCAAUCUCAUGUAAUCCGAGUGGCCACUGGUGGCCAACAAUAUUCCAUCCUCAUCCUCCUCAAGAGAUUCCACGUGGACAGGAGGAGCAAGUAUGACAUCCUGAUGGAGAAAACCUCCAACUUAUUGGCUGCCACCCCAAGACAAAUGUGUGUGAUGAUCAAACUGCGAGAGCAGCUGUCUGUGAGUGAACGGACAUUCAAGCGCGUGUACCAGUAUAUGAUGGCGGCCAAGCUGGUCCAGAUUGUGUCUCUUCCACUGGAGGAGCUGAACCCUGCCGCAGGACCAUGCAAAACAAAGAGAGGAACCGAUAUCAUGGUGAGGUGCCUCAAACUUUUGAGAGAGUAUGGAAAGAAGGAGGAGGAUGAAGAUGAAAACGAUGAAGAGGACGGUUAUAGGAACCUGCCUCACUCAGAGGGUCCUAUCAAAGAGCGAGACAUACUGAUGCAGGCCUAUGAAAUAGUUGUAAGCAGUGGAACAAAAGGUAUUUCCCAGUCUACUCUCAGAAUGCGCAUGAAUGUGGGGAAACUUGAAGGACGCAUGAUAUGCCGACUUCUGGAACGAAACAAAAUGAUCAAGGGCUUCAUGGAGGACCAGGGCCGUCAGAGAACCACCAAGUUCAUUAGCAAGAUAUACGUGGAGCAGAGCGACUUGAACCGGCAGUUUGUGAAGGAGAAGGCGCGGAGCGAGCAGCUGAGGACGGGCGACGCGGCGGAUGUGUGCGAGGUGGAGGUGGCGCUGUCGCCGCCCGCGGAGGAUAUGUCGUUGGCACAGGAAGAGCAGGAGACAUCAAAGCGCCGGCAGCCUCCAUCGAAAGGCAGUUCCUCUAAAAGACCUGCGAAAAAUUCCAAAAAAACUGUCAAAGACACAUCCUCCCUGCAGACCCCAUUAAAACAAACCAAGCUCAACUUUUCCACCCAGCAGUCUGCAAAGAUUCUCUCCAAAGCAUUGACCCCUAGGAGAGUGCGUGGAUGCAUGAGCACGCAGGUGGUGCAGAAUCUGGACAUGAGUCUGGACUCCAGCAGCAGCCAGAGCGCCUGCAGCAGUGGGCCCGCCAAUAACGACUCCUGUAUGAUGAUCGUUGAAGAAGUCGUCCCUCAAAAGGAGUCAAGGCCUCUUAAGGGGAGUGCCAAACGAAUCCAGAAGCCCCAUCAGACGUACAGGCUGCUGAAACGCAAGAAUCUCAUUAUUGAAACAAUCCGCAGCGUCAAACUCAUUGACAACCUGUACUCGCUGCAGAGGAUGAUCAUGGACGAGGAAAAGCAGGAUGGGGUGUCCACCAAAUGCUGCAAGAAAUCCAUUCUGAGGCUACUGAAAAGCCUCUCCAAAGAGGGAAUGCUCAGACUGUUUUGCACCACUGUUAUACAGGAUGGCGUCAGCAAAAAGGUGGAGUUGGUGGUCCAUCCGUCUAUAACUCCCGAUGACCCCUUGGUGAAAAGUGCUAUUGAACAAAUAAGAUUCCGCCUCUCAAGUUCCUAUUCAGUGAACAGGGCGAAAGUGCUUCAAGCCGAUGGGGAGGCAGAGCAGCAAAAAGGGGACGAUACCGGGGGCAAAGUGAAGGGGGCCAGUCCCUCCAAGAUGGCAGUGAGCAAAUCCGAAAAAGCUCGAGCAAAGCAGCUGAAAGACUUCAAGCCUUCUAUUGUUCCAGGCCUUGGUCGAUCCCGUGGAUUUCAGCCUAAAGUACCUCGCCUUAGGCUGGUGCACAUGUUCCUGUGGUACCUCAUCUAUGGCCAUUCCAUGAGGAGGGCCCCUGCUGAGGACAAGGGCUCAAGUGCUGAGGAAGAAGGAGCAGAGCCUGGACAGAGUGAAUCAGCCAAUCAGAGUGCAGAAUCUGAGUCAUCCAGUCAGGCUAAAGGGAAAUCCUCCACAGGGAUGGCGGGUGACAAGGACCGAGUGGACAAUGAGACCGAUGACGAUCAAUUGAAAGUGUAUGUGGACGAAUUGUCAUGGAGAAGGUUCAUUCCCCCAACGCCCCUGCACAGGGAGUUCAGCUAUGGCUGGGCCCUCACCAGCGACAUGCUGCUCUCGUUGCCUCUUUCUCUCUUCGUCAAGAUCAUCCAAGUCAGCUACCAGGUCGAUGGUCUGGAAGCAUAUCUGAAUGACCCUGUGAAGCAGCACUAUCCCAUUAGACACCUACCAGGGAAGCUUAAGAUGCAGCUCUUAUACAAAAGGAAGUACAUAUUUAGCUUUCAUGAGUGUAUGCAACGUUUGUGCUACAUGGGACUCAUGCAGUUUGGACCAUUUGAAAAGUUCCAGGACAAAGAUCAGAUCUUUGUCUAUCUGAGGAAGAAAGCCACUAUUGUGGACACCACCACUUGUGAGCCUCACUAUAAUAUAGCUGUGUCAAGCCGGCCUUUUGAGCGUCGCAGUUACACCUUUGACACCCUACAAGAUGUGGAGAACUACUGGUUUGACCUGCAGUGUGUCUGCCUCAACACCCCUUUAGGUCUGAUACGAGGUCCGCGCAGGAGGGGUCAGGCCAGUGCCGGUUCAGUGGAGGAGGAUGAAGCGGAACCUGCCGUGGAGCACAUGCGGCCGAACGAGAAGUACUUGCGGGUGGCGUACACAUUGAAGGGCAGGGCCGAGGUGACGGACGAUGGGGUGAUUCCCGGGGACGGUAAGGGAGCGGGGGGAAUGGACUCCUCCUUCUACAGCCACUUGAAGCGAAACUGGAUCUGGACAAGCUACCUCCUCUCCAGACACAGAAAGGCUGACAGCUCUUUUGAGAGUAACCCUACCCUCAGACUGAACAAUCUCCUGUCCAAGCAUCCAUUGCCUCUGUCUGUGCCUUGUUCAACUAAAAUGAAAAACAGUAUGGGCCUCCAGUUGCCAGUGAUGGAGGAAGAGGUCCAAAUCACUACAGAGUCCAGCAGUAGGAACUUGCGUGUUGUGGGUGGGAAGAAACAAAAGCGCAAGAGGCAAAAGAAGGAGUCUGUGAAACAGGCUACGAAGAAGAAAAAAGUGGUGAACCCUCCAAACAAACGACCACGCACUCCUUUCCACGACGAAGCUGAUCUCUCUGCCCUCAAGAGGAUGACUCGACAACGAGUGACUUGGACCCUGCAGGAGGACAGUCUUCUGAUGCUGUGCCGUGUUGCUAGUCACUUUCUCAAUCGCAAGAUUAAGAAGCCCUUUGUUCCCUGGCAAGUGGUGCGAGACCUCCUCCAUGCUCAGUUUGAGGAAUCUCUAGACAAGACAUCCCUGUCGGUGGGCCGGCGUUCCCGCUACAUCAUGAAGAACCCUCAGACCUUCCUCAACUUCAAAAUAUGCCUGGCAGAGGUGUACCAAGAUAAAUCCCUUGUUGAGGAAUUUCAGAACAGGUGCCAAAACUACGAGGACUCAGAGGUGUGUGCCUCUGAGUUCAAGGAGUUUGUCACAGCCCUGAGGCAGAAGUUCAGUGCCGCUUCAGGGGACUGUUCUUUUGAAAUCCCCAACACCAAACAGGAGCUUUUCAGAAGGUUCAAGGUCUAUGCCAUUGGAGAGGACUCAAAUAAGAUCAUGAAGGACCAGCUCAAGAGCACUGAAGACAUCCAUUCCCUGGUGCUCAAUAACUUGAUCCAGAGCACCCUGGUGCUGUCCCCCGUUCAGAUGAGGAGCUGUCGCUCCUUUCAGACCUUCCAUAUAUACAGCAGGUACAAGGAGCAGAAUCUGUUCCAGGCCUUUAUGAAGUGUCAGAAGCGAGGCCUUGUGAAUCGUCGCCGCGUUCACAAAGUUUUUGGGCCCAAGAAGUGCCGGGCACUGCCUUUUUUACCCAUGUCCUACCAGCUGUCUCAGACCUACUACAGGUGCUUCACGUGGCGCAUCCCUAACACCGUCUGCACAGAGUCCUACGAGUUCCUGGAGGCCCUACGGAGCUGCGGGAGGGAGGACCGGCCCAACACGUUUAUCUUCCGGAACCAUAUGAUCGAGUCCGAGCCGGAGCCCGAAUCGGACAUGAUUCCCUUCCCCCUGGACGCCCCUGGGGGUGCCUGUGUGACCGGGAUGAGCCUGAUCAUGAUGGGCCUGCUCUACGUGGAGCUGUCCAUCCCUGAGCAGAUUGUGGUGGUGGACAGCACCUUGGUGGAAAAUGAGGCACUGAAGAGUGCCGGAAAGGACGCGGUGGAAGACGAUGAGGACGAUGACAUGGAGGAGGGCGAAGGGAAGAAGAAGUUUGAGGUGAAGGCUCGUCAGGCCUCCCACACCAACUACCUGCUGAUGCGGGGCUACUCCGCCCCGGGAAUCGUCAGCAUGCGCAACCUCAACCCCAACGACAACGUGGUGGUCAACUCCUGCACCAUCAGGGUGAAGCUGCGUGACACGCCUGCCCACUCCAUCUUCAGAGCUGACUGGGACAGUAGCUUCAUAGAUAGCGAGCUGCAAGGGGAAGCCUGUCUGCCCAGUCGUUUGACCCACCUAAUGAGGCUCAGCAGCGACUCUGGCUGCCUAGAGCGCUUCAGCAACCGAUGUGUGGACCAGUACGGCUACAGCGCAGAGGACCUGCAGGCCGCUCUCGACAUCCACAGCGCCAUUGAAGCCACCCACUCCUUCGGCUGCGACAGGCUGGAGCUCAGCCAGGACUUCUCUGCCCUUAUGGAGGUGCAGGACGGCAGGACCAGAACCUUCCAUCAGUACCUGCGGGAUCUAGUGAACCUGGAGGAGGUCCUGGAGGUCGGAGGAAACUCUGUGCGCAUGGUGGCUGUUAAAUAUGCUGAGCCCUGGCUAGUGCACAUCCACACCCCCGAGAGAAUGGCUGCCAAGAGCGAGGACCUCCCCUCACAAAAGGCGACACCCAGGAAGAGGAGUUUGCCACAAGAGGGGGAGGAGCAGCAGGUGCCCCCAAGUAAGAGGCCUACCUUGACAAUUGAGAAUGAAGAGGAGUCGGAAUUGCACGGUAAAGCUGAGCCAGCGAGCAGUCAUGCAGCAGAGGGAAGGGAUCUCUCUGAACAGUCUACAGGGCCCAAGUCAGAUGCAGAGACUCCGGUGGAGGAGGCUGCUAAAGGAGAGGGAAAAGAGGGGCCGGGCGGCAAUGUGUCAUCUCCCGCCAGUGCUUCUCUUGCUCAGUCCAGUGAGAGCACGCAUCCACUGCACCCUCAGACUAAAGAUAGAGAUGGCAGCCCUCCUGGAAGCGUGUUUGAGAAGGUGAGCUUCAUCAGCCGUCCCUGGCGCGUUGUAGACGGGAGCUUGAACAGGCCUGUGUGCAAGGGCAUGCUGGAGUCGCUGCUCUUCCACAUCAUGUCCAAGCCUGGCCUCCCUGAGUCGGUGCUGAUAGACCACUACAAUGGUGUCCUGCAGCCUGUGGUCAUUCUGGACCUUCUACAGGGUCUGGAGGAGAUCGGGUGUGUGCAGAAGAAGGUCCUUAAAGGACGGCCCCGGGCAACCCUCUUUUCUCCUUUGCGUGCCUCCGAGCCAAAGGAAGAUGGGGUGAAGUUCAGAGACGUCACGUUCUAUGAGCCCACGGUGGACGGCUGCCUGAGGCUAAGCAAAGUCUUCCCUCAUGAGCCCAACUGGAACAAGUGGGUCCCGUUCAUACACUCCUGAGACCAGCAUCAGGGCAAAUUGCGUGCUUUUAAAAUUUCAUUUAAAAUUCCAUAGACUAAUUAUUUUUGUUUUGUAUGUUUGUAUGUGUCUGUAAUGUGUUAUCAAUCUUAAACUCAAUAAACAGGAAUUGUAAAAUUUAAA